GCGUGGCUCCCCACUCGCAUAUGCGUGGUAUAGACGAUAUAUGCGUGCGCGGUGGGGGUGCUAAAGGGCAUAUUGGCCCGACUGAUAGCCGUGCAAUGUUCAUUUCCAAAGUCAGGCGUAUUGAACCAUUUAGGGGAGAGGGGUGCUACGGAUAGUUUCUUGCGAAAAAGAUCACAUAUUUUUGGGACGCGGCGGCACGGGAUGUGGUGGCGCCUGUGGAGGUGGAAGAGCAAGGGCACCGGUGCCCGCUUCCCCGCGGUGGCCGUGCGCGGGUGAAGACAAGGAUGGCCGCGUUGCAGAAGGAGGAGGUGGCGGUUCUGGCCCCAGACACCUUGCAAGGGAGCCAGAGGACGGGGGCAGUGGAGGGCAUGGCACUUGUGGAGACGGAAGAGGUAGCCACAGGAAAGAGAAGGACGAGGAGGUCUGCAAGAUCGAAGAUGAAGAUGGCUUUGGAUCAGAAAGCUGAUUCCUCUGAUGUUGCCAUUGGGUCGUCUGCUGUAGUUUCAGAAAAGGACUGUGAUGAUCCUAAAACGCACAGUAUGAUCUUGGUGGUGGAGGAAGAUUUCACAAAAAGUCAGAAUGUGACAAAGACGCAUGUAGUGCAUGAGAUGGAGGAGGUGCCAGCCCCAGCCAUCCUGCGGCGGAGCCAGAGGACAGCAGUGCCUGUUGAGGCCGAAGAGGUGGGUACGGCAAAGAAAGGGACGAGAAGGUCCACAAGAUCUAAGAUGGCGGCAGCAGUACCGAAGGGGCAGAAAGAUCACUCUUCUGAAGUGGCCCUUGGGUCUGCAGAUAAAAGUUGUGAUCGUCCUAAAGAGGAUGAAGUGGUUGCUGUGGUGGAGGAACAGGCCACAAAGCCACUUGAAGGUGGGAAUGAAAAAGGAGGACCGUGGCAUAUAGAAUGGAUAUGCUGGCCCCAGUCACCUUGCAGCGAAGCCAGAGGACAUCAGCACCAGAGGCCACGGUGCCUGUAGAGGCGGAAGAGGUGGCUACAACAAAGAGGAUGAGACGAGCAAAAUCUAAAGCUGCUAGGGCAGCCUUGAAUAUGAAGAAAAAUGAUUCUUCUGAUGCAGUGGUCAUUGGGCCUCCAGUAUUAGUCUCAGAUCAGACCUGUGAUGACUCUAAGGAAGAGAAACUUGUUGCAAUGAUGGAGAAACAGGUCACAAAGCGCAAGGAAGAAGAACAGGAGCAAAGGAGUACUGUUCACAAGUCUGCUUCCAUGGUAAGAGUGGAGGAUCCAGCAACCCUAAGCAUUUUGCCUAAGGUGGAAGCCGAAGAUAUUCCUGAUAAGACAGUGCCUGCUGAGACCAUCAAGGAAGAUGCUUUCACUACCACUUGUGAGGUCGACCAGUCUAAUCUUCUUGUCAAUAUACUUAGCAGAUUUGCAAAGCCUAUGCAUAAGUUCAACGUCAAGGAGGAGAAGAAAGAGGGUGAGUGUUGGUGGAUGCUUAUGUAAGUUACAAGCAGAAGCAGCUGUAGGACACCAGGCCUAGUCAGUAGCUGCCAACAACCAUCAAUUGAUAUAAUCCGUAUUGGAGGGCAUGAAAAUGUCUAUAAUCAGGAUUAGAAGAGAUGGAUCAAAAUUUCCAAUGCUUUUGGUUUCCUCCUAGAAAUCUGGAACUUAAACUAGUAUAGCCCUUGUUUUUUUACAACUGAAACGAGAAUGUUUCAGGCUAAAGCUAAUAAGUCCUUUCAUAUGCCCAUAAUCAAAUUGCAUGAAUAAAGGUCUUAUUAUAGA